CUGAAGCGAACGACGGGCACGCUCAGAGAGCACAGGUCAGCUCCGCCAGACGAGAAAGGCUGAUGAAGCCCGCGCGGGCCGACGACGACCAUUCUCGUGUGCUACCAGAAUUUUUUUGCUUCUGCCUUUGUUCUCGCUGUCUGAUCUGCUGUUUCCUACCGUAUACCCCGAAUGAACCCCGUCUGCCGCCAUCAUCACGCCAGCCAGUCCCCCUAGACUAGCCGCCCGCCUGUGGCUUCGUCCCCAGAUUUCAACCCUCCAACCAUUCAAUUCCUUCCUCCUUCUGCCAUCCACACGGCCUCGUGUCCUUGUGCUCGCCCUUCCAACACCCUCCCGCUCUGCCGAUUACGACAGCUGCCCUCUCCCGCAGCCGCAGACCACGAACAGCGUCGUCCAUCUGCUCCCCUCCGCCAAUCCCGUGCCUCCCCCAUCGAGCCGUGCUCGAGAUUCAGGGGGUUGAACCCCCGACCGAACCCACGGCCUCGUCGACCAGACAGGCAUCGUCGCCAUGUGGAACCUCUCGAGCUUCGUGCAAAAGGCACAGGAGCUGCUCGACCCGACACAGGGUCUCAACCUCAGCCAGUCCGACAAGAACCCGUCCAAGGCCACUCUCUUCCAGCACCAGUUCCGCCUGCCGGCCUCCCAACACCCGCUUUACGAGAUCGCCGCCGAGCUCACAAUCCCGCCCUCCAAUGUCACACAGGGUGAGAAGUCCCACGAAAUGGGCUGGCACUAUGUCGGCCGUCUGCACCUGUCCGAAGCCUAUAUAGCCUUUUCCACCACUGCGUCUAGCUUCCUGCAGACGGCCACCACCUCCAGCUCCUCCGUCUUCACCGGCCAGACACACGGCGGCGGCCCCAGCGGCAACGGCUUCACAUUUCCCCUGUGCGCCAUCCGCAAGGUCGAGCGCCUCAACAGCCAAAACUAUCAGUUUUCUCUGGCCAUCACCACAUGGAAUGGGCAGCUACACGAAUCGGGCAAGGACAAGAGCAAGGCCGCACCUGCAAACAAGGAAAACAAGUCGGGCUUCCGCGAGCAAAGAAUAACGGUGCAGCUGGCCGGCUCUCGUCAGGCAUGUGAGCGCUUCUGUGACGGCCUGAAAAAAGGCCUGCGAGCCGCAGUUGGGAACGUGGCCAAGCUCAAGUCCGUCGUCUUCGAGAACUACUCUGAGCACCUCCUUAGACCGGAUGAUCAGAAGGACCGCCCCUCUCCCGAUGCCGGGCUCGGCCUCCAGUUCCGCUACCCCGGCGACGCCAAAAAGCUUCGAGACCGGGCCAAGAUGCGCCUGUGGGCCGAGUACCUCCGAGACAACGGCCGCAACGUCACCCUCCUGCGCCAGCCCACCUUUCACAAGCUCAUCCGCGUCGGUUUGCCAAACAGGUUACGCGGCGAGAUGUGGGAGUUGACAUCCGGGUCCUUGUACCUGCGGCUCGAGAGCCCAACCAUGUACCACGACACUCUGGCAAAGCACGAGGGCAAGGAGUCCCUGGCAAUCGACGAGAUUGAGAAGGACCUGAACCGCAGUCUGCCCGAGUACCCAGGCUUCCAGGACGAGAUUGGCAUCGGGAGGUUGCGCAGGGUGCUUACCGCAUACAGCUGGGUCAACGCCGACGUGGGUUACUGCCAGGCCAUGAACAUCGUUGUCGCCGCUCUGUUGAUCUACAUGUCCGAGGCCCAGGCCUUCUUUCUGCUCUGGACCCUUUGCGAUCGCCUGGUCCCCGGCUACUACUCGACGACCAUGUACGGCACUCUGCUGGACCAAAAGGUUUUCGAGUGUCUGGUAGAAAAGACGAUGCCCAUCCUCUGGGAACACCUCGUUAAGAGCGACGUGCAACUUUCGGUGGUAUCGCUUCCCUGGUUCCUGUCGCUGUAUAUAAACUCGAUGCCAUUGGUAUUUGCCUUCAGGGUCCUGGACGUGUUUUUCGUCGAGGGCCCCAAGGUGCUCUUCCAGGUCGGCCUCGCCAUCCUCCGCAUAAACGGCGAGGAGCUGCUGGAUGCGGCCGACGACGGCGCCUUCAUCUCUGUCCUCAAGUCCUACUUCUCCCGCCUAGACGAGUCCGCCCACCCCAAAUCCGAGAACCCCAAGCUGCGGGCCGUCACGCGUUUCCAGGAGCUGAUGGUCGUCGCCUUCAAGGAGUUCUCGGGAAUCACGCAGGCCAGCAUCACGGAACUGCGACUCAAGAACAAGGACGCCGUGCUCAACAACAUUGAGAAUUUUGCCAAGCGAACUGCCCUCAGGAACUUGGGCGCCGAUAGCAAGUUGCUCAGCACCGAGGAGCUGGGCGCCUUGUACGACCGCUUUUACACGGUCCUCUAUGAGCGUCAGCAGCGCGAGGGCAUGAUUCAGGAGGAGAAGCAGCGGAGGGCCCGAGCAAACCGUCCGAGGGUCCAUGAGCCUGAGGUAGAAAAGGGCCGCGUGGGUCUCGGCGCGAGCACCAGCCUGAUGGACUACGACGCCUUCCGAGAGUUCCUUGCCGGUGUGACAAAGUGGUCCAUGUCGGACUCGCCGACGACGCCUCGGCGAGACACCUUCACCGAGCGAGACAGGAGCCAGCUCUUCAACAACCAGAGGAACGGCAGGCUGGCGCUGUCACCCUGGGGCAAUGGCCCAGAGCCGGCGGACCACGAGUUCUUGCAGCGGCUGUUUGCCAAAUGGGACGUUAAAUCUGAGGGGGCGCUGACGUUGCAGAACGUGGUGACGGGCAUGGCCCGCAUCAAGGGGAAGCGCGACAUCAUGGGCACCAUCACAUACCUGUUCGAACUAUACGACGACGACGGUGACGGCAAGGUUGACCGGGAGGGCAUCCUGAGGAUAUCCGAGGCUCUCCUUUUCCUUUCCAGGAGGGGUCUCGAGGGCACACUGAGCCCGUCGGCCUCAACUGUGGCCCUGAACGGCUACUCGGAGCACCAGGUGGCAGGUGGCGACGGCACCACCCUCAGCGUUAAUACCGCCACUGGCUCCACUAACGAGAGGUUCCUGGGCAGCAUCAGCGCCUUCAUAAGGAGAUGCUUCGAGUACGCGGACCCGGACCACCCUAAGAAUCAAGACUCCCUAGUCCGCCCGGACCCUUGUGCGCGAGAGAAGGAUGACUAUCUGGAGGCGCCAAGGGCUCAGGAUAAGGCAAUCACGCCCAUGUCGCCUGCCCUUGUCGAUCCCGACGCCUUCGCGAUAGGAGACGACGAAUCAGACGAGGAAUCGGACGAGGAGGAUCUCCUGGCUAUGGACUCUCCCCCGGGAAGCCCCAAGCCCCAACCGGCGCAAAGACUGGCACCGGAGACGGCGGAGGCGGCCGCGGUGAUACCGAAGUCCACGAGCCCACCGACAGGAGAGCAGGGCAUGGGCGGCCGCAAGGUGUCCAAGGCACAGUCAGAGGCGGCCGCCAAUGUGGCGCUGGACCCCUCGAACCCGAUGCACAUCACGCUUCCGACGUUCCGCAUGGUGGUUUUAGCAGACGAACUGCUAGAACAAUUCUUCGAGUCGUCGUUCCCAACGUCGUUCCGCAUCGUCGAAGGCCUUGCCGGCGCCUCGUCUGCCGUGGCAAGCCCGAUGGCGACGACGCCCCUGACUACUUUUGGAAACAUCGGGUUUGGGGCAGGCAAGGCUGUGGCUGCGGCCGGUGGAGGCGCCGUGGGAGGCAUCAGGGGAGUGUUGGACGGCAUCGUGACGGACGCGACACGUGUGGCAGCCGAGGUGCGCCGGCGCAUGGAGGAUGCGCAGCGAGAGAUGGAGAAGAACGCGCUGGCUCAGCAACAACAGGCCGGCAACGGGGGCCAGCGCCGCCCCGUCGCGGACGACGACGAGGACGACGACGACGACAUCGGCAUCCGCGAGAAGCCCUCAUCCUCAGCCAGCGGCGCGGUGCGUGGGGCUGGACCGGCCAGGUCGUCGGACAGGGAUCUGCUCGAGGGAGCCGACGCCGAGGCGGACGGGGGCGAGGAGGACGCGGAUGGAGGAGAGGGAGGCAGUAGCGGGAAGGCGCAGCAUGCGCCUGUUGCGCGGCGGAGGGCAGAGGGGCCUGGCGGCGCAGGCAGCGGCGCGGGAGGAGGGCAAAGAAUUGUGGAGUUUGAGGGUUGAUUUUGAGAAGGGGGAAGGCAAAGUCAUUUUCUUUUUGUCUAGUGUUGUGGGCGUCAUCGUUCGCCUGUCUCUCUUGUCUUGAAUUGGUUAGAACAGCGUGUGGUUGACAUCCUCUACUUCCCCCCUUUUUCCCCAUCAUUUUUGCUUGCUGUAUGUCUGGACUUUAUCUCCUGUCUGCAUGUUCCGCACGCGCUUUGCUUCGUUUUUCCCGGUUUAUUCACACAAGACAAUGCUCAAAAGACAGUAAACAGACAGCCCUGGGGCACUUAAAGUGAGCGCGUGCUCCCUCACGCUAGUCUUGUUCAAGAGAUUUGAUUUUUCUUGCUUUGGUGGCGAC